UUGCUGUCGGAUGUCACAUACCAACAAUCUGAUGUAGACAGAAAGCUAUAAAAGUGCGGACACAUGUUCGCGCUCAGACCAUGAAGGCGUGCGCUCCAUCGAGGACCAUGAUCUGAUUACAGACCUUCGUUUUACGCACGUUUACGCAAACGCAAUAACAGCCACAUGGUUUUUCCAUUGGAAUCAGAUCAUAUGAUUUAUGGCGAGGAUUACUGAAGCGAAGAUAAAAUGAAAAUAAAUGGCAGUCGCUUGAUGAACAGUUCUUCACUGAGCCCUCACGAGAUCGCUCUGAAUCGCCCACCCUGGGUCGCCACAACUUUGGGCAGCUUUCUGAUCUUCACUAUCGUGGUUGAUAUAUUGGGGAACCUCUUGGUGAUCUUCUCUGUAUACAGAAACAAGAAACUUCGAAACGCAGGGAACUUAUUUGUGGUGAGCCUGGCAGUAGCUGACCUGGUGGUAGCGGUCUAUCCUUAUCCUCUCGUGCUGGUCUCCAUUGUCCAUAAUGGAUGGAAUUUGGGAUUUGUCCACUGCCAGAUCAGUGGAUUCCUGAUGGGACUGAGCGUGAUUGGAUCUAUAUUUAACAUCACUGGCAUUGCCAUCAAUCGCUACUGCUAUAUCUGUCACAGCCUCAAGUAUGACAAGCUAUACAGUGACAAGAACUCGCUUUGCUACAUCCUUCUCAUCUGGAUACUGACAGUGGUCGCUAUAGUGCCAAACUUUUACGUCGGCUCCCUGCAGUACGACCCCAGGGUCUACUCGUGUACGUUUGCGCAGUCGGCCAGCUCAGCGUACACCAUCGCCGUAGUGUUCUUCCAUUUCAUUCUUCCAAUCAUGAUUGUGACGUACUGCUACCUGCGGAUCUGGAUUUUGGUGAUCCAGGUGAGGAGACGCGUCAAACCUGAGUUCCGGCCCAAACUCACGCCACAAGACAUAAGGAACUUCGUUACCAUGUUUGUGGUGUUCGUUCUUUUUGCCGUCUGCUGGGCCCCUCUCAAUUUCAUUGGAUUGGCGGUUGCUAUAAACCCCGGGCGGGUUGCGCCUCUCAUCCCAGAGUGGUUUUUUGUAUUCAGUUAUUUCAUGGCCUAUUUCAACAGCUGCCUUAAUGCUAUAGUCUAUGGACUGCUGAACCAGAACUUCAGAAGAGAGUACAAAAAAAUUAUUAUCUCACUCUGUACUGCAAGGAUGUUCUUUCCAGAGAGUUCAAACGAUGCUGCGGAUCGGAUCAAAAGCAAGCCAUCUCCUUUAAUGACAAACAACAACCAAGUCAAAGUAGAUUCGGUAUGAAAACACCUAAAAGGACACUGUGAACAAAAACCUAAUAAGCAUUUCAGCUGCUUUCAGAACCAAUAUUUAUAACCUACAUACACAUUUAUGUAUUUCUUGUACCUUUUGCUUUUACAAGAAGGUGCAUUGCAAAUAUCUUGCUUGGUCUCAGUGUUUACAAGUUCAUAAUUUUAGGCAUUUUUUUUAUUAUUAUUACUUUAUAUACAGUAGAUCCAUUCAUAUUUUUUCACGACAUCAUAAAAUUAAUGCUACAAAUCAAUGCACACACUGUCGUACAGUAUAUGAAAAACAAUGUGCCAACUGAGCAGAUCAGUAGCCCUUAAUCCUGGUAAGUGCUCAUAAAAAUUAUGAUCAUUAUCACACUGUUUUUAUUUUUAAUUUUUUUUUAAAGUUUAGUUAUUUUCUGAUGUUGUUAAGAAGCCGUCUGCAGCGCAUGCCAAAUAAUGCAUUGGCAAAAUAAUAAUUUAUUUAUUGUACUCAAGUAUGUUUUUUCUAGGUAACCUGGUUUUAAUUGGAAAGACAAAUGAUGAAAACAACAGUAUUUGUCCCAUAUUUGAAAGCAAAUGUCUUUAGGUUCCUAUGACAGAUUUAAAACUGGGUUCAUGUAAAUGUAGGGAAGAAUAGUUACCCAAAGAUGAUCAUUUACACACCCUAUGUCGUUCUGUAUGAUUUUCUGCUGAACACAACAGAAGACAUUUUGAAGAUUGUUUCUGUGCAUACAUUGAAUGUCAGUGGGGUCCUAUUCUCGCAUAGUCAGACUGAAGGUCUGGAAUCCAUGGCAGCUUUCUUUCGCCACCGACAUGUCAAACAACUAAUCACAGUUCGGUUCAUUCAUCGUCACGUUUCGAGGUGUGGAAAUGUCACCACAAUAACAGACCGAUGUGUAAAACUCUCUGACGGAUUCUAUGCAGCCGACUUUCAAUAUUUCACAUACUUUUGAAACUCCAGAGUUAAAUUGAUCCUGAUAAGCACUGGUCAUCACAGUUGUAAACACCACGACUUUCUUCUUUCAUGAGGGGGUUUUGCCGCCACGUCAUCUUUGUUUCCAGGUGGAAUGUUAAAGAACGCAACACACACGUCUCCCGGAAAUCCUGACUACACAGACUUUUAUUGUUUUUUGAAAGGUUUUUAAUAAAAAUUACACAGUUUUAAUGUUUGGGUCAUCUUUCUCUUUAAACGGUCACUACAAAAUUAAUGACAUUAAUGUUCCAAAACAACUUCUUCUUAUUCAUCUGUUACAUCACCUUUUUUAUUUACUUAUUCAUCAGAUUGCAUUGCUAUACUUCUGCAAUGGAGUGCAUUUAAUGAUAAGCAAUACAAGUCUAUUUUUAAACAACUUAGGGUUAAUUCAGGAUAAUUGGGCCAUAUUUCCAAUAACAAAAGUGUCCCAAUUUACCAGAAUUCAGCUCAUCCAUAUUCUGCCAUAGAGAAGAACAAAUUCAAUGUACUACUGUAAACUACCUUUAUAAUGUCAUUUUGUUCAACACAGUACCUUACUUUCUUGUUUACAACAUGAAAACCAACAAAAUAUAACAUAAAUGCUUGUCCAUCCUUGAACAUUUCAAUGUUAAUAAACUAUGCUGAAUGAACUGAAAAGAAAACAAGAUGUAUACAUACUUAAAAGCUGCAGAAGAGGAAACACUGGCACACUGCUUUCCAUUCUUUUAUAAUUUUUGUCAUUUAAUGUUGGUUGAGACUUGAAGGUUCAUUAAAACACCAUUAAACAGUGUUAGGGAGGCAGCGAUGCUACUAACUUAUCAAAAAACAUAUCAUCUGAUAAUACAUAUGAAAAGAUGCUGCCCCCUCAAAUAGCUUAAUGUAGCUACUUUUUGUUUGAAGCUAGUUGUGCAACUAGGUUUUACUUCACACUUCAAGUAUAUUUUUUAAAAACAUCCAAAUUUGCUUCCUCAACACUGACAUUAUGACAGUUAUGAUCUCAUGAAUAUGUGCUAUCAUUCUAAUGGCUUAUCAGGACGUUCAAAGAUUAAAUGCAUAUCCCAGUCCCAGGAAUAAUAAAACCUCAAUGUUUUUGUUGGACACACUCCACGAAGACAGAACAUCCAUUCAUUUCUGAAACAAUCCAACUGUUGGUUUAAAUACACACUGAUGUGCUUCUGUUUGCCGUUAUUCAAGCUUUCCAAAUUCCAGCAUGCCACAUAACGAGCUUUGACAACUCACAUUUUUUAUUUAUUUAUUUUUACCGUAGAAACACUUAUCAUGCACAUUCGCAUACAUAAGCCUGUCACAAUGCGAUUCAUACAGCUCCUUCAAUGCAUGGAGUUUGAGCAGAAUCAUGUGAUGCUAUUUGAGAGCAAACCAGAGACUGUUUGCAUUGACCUGCUUCCGUGCCCACGGAUAGUUAUUUCUGGACAUUUGGCAAAAAGUGUCUUUUAAACGAGAAAGCUUAAGUAAUUACGCUUGUCUCUGCAUGGGCCUGACAAGGGAUCGGCUGCCUUUGAGAACCCCCACCCCCUCUUUUCCCGGGCGACUCAAAUCAGUGUUUU